AUGGCAGCUCCUCCACGCGAGCAUCGGCGUGUCGGCGAUGCACAUGCAGCUGCUCCCGGGGACUUCGUCCUCAUGUUCGACCGCACCGACACGGGCCCCUCCAACAUCUCGCUGGCCGCGCUGGCGCCGUGCGCGGCCACCGUCGACGGCGCCGACUGCACGGCGCACUCGGUGCUCCUGGACGUCCGCUCCAACGUGCUGCACCCGUACCCGCUCGCCACCAACCCGUGGUGCUCGUCCGGGGCGCUGCUCCCCAACGGCACGCUCCUCCAGACCGGCGGCUUCUCCAGCGGCGACCGCGUCGCACGGCUCUUCUCGCCGGCCACGGGCUGGGUCGAGCUCCCCUCGUUCCUCGCCGCGCGGCGGUGGUACGCCACCGACAUGAUCCUCCCCGACGGCCGCGUGCUCAUCCUCGGCGGGCGGCGGCAGUUCAACCUCGAGUACUUCCCACACGCCGACGCAGCGCCGGCGCUGACGUUCUUCCCGUUCCUGGACGAGACGACGGAGCCGGACGCCGAGAACAACCUGUACCCGUUCCUCCACCUGCUCCCCCGACGGCACCGUCUUCGUCUUCGCCAACGACCGCGCCGUCGUCUUCGACCCCUACAACCGCGCCCCGCUGCCCGCCGCCUCCCGCCCGUCCCCGGCGGCGUGCCGCGGAACUACCCGUCGUCGGGCUCGUCCGUGCUCCUCCCGCUCCGCCCCGACGCGCCCGCGCACGCCGAGGUGCUGGUCUGCGGCGGCGCACCGCGGGGCGCGUACCACCUGGCGCUGCGGAACGGCACGUUCGUGGCCGCCGACCGGACCUGCGCGCGCGUCGCGCCGACGGACCCGGACCCGGUGGUGUGGGCGAUCGAGGAGAUGCCGAUGGCCCGGGUGAUGGGCGACAUGGUGCUGCUGCCCACGGGCGACGUGCUGAUCGUGAACGGGGCCGCGGCGGGCAGCGCCGGGUGGGAGCUGGGGCGGGACCCGGUCACGCGGCCCGUGCUGUACAGGCCCGACGCGCCGCUGGGGUCGCGGUUCGAUCAGUCGUCGCCGCUGGCGGCGUCGGCGGUGCCGCGGAUGUACCACUCGUCGGCGGCGCUGGACACGUACGGCCGCGUGCUGGUGGGCGGCAGCAACCCGCACGUCGGGUACGUGUUCGCCAACGUGACGUACCCGACGGAGCUGAGCCUGGAGGCGUUCCUGCCGCCGUACAUGGACCCGCGGCACGACAGCGCGCGCCCGCGGAGGUCGGGUGCGGGUGCGGGUGCGGGUGCGGGCGGGGAGGUGGUGCGGGUGGCAGCGGUGGCUCCGGCGUUCGCGACGCACUCGUUCGGGAUGAACCAGCCCGUGGUGGAGCUGGCCGUGGGGAGGGUGGCGGAGCUGGACGUCGGGGUUUACGAGGCCGUGGUCGCCGCGCCGCCGAUGCCCGGGGUGGCGCCGCCCGGAUACUACAAGUGGUUCGUGGUGCACGCCGGCGUGCCCAGCAGCAGCGCCGCGUGGGUGCGCAUGCGGCCGCUCGGACCAGGCACCUGA